AUGCCGAGUGCCGGUGGAGGUGCUAGUAGUGGUGGUAGUGGUGGUAGUGGUGGUGGCUGCCCCGUGUGUCGUGCUCCGGACCCAUCGCCAGGCCGGUCACCGGGUCCGCCCGCCGGUAUGCACCUGCUGAGCGAGUCCGUUCACGGCGAGCCUCCCCCCGAGGGGGUGGCGGCCGGCCCCAACCCCAUACUGAUACUGACAAAGGGGGGCGGUGGCGCUGGCACCCAUAAGCAAACCGUCCGGCCGUACGGAGGUCGAUUCGGUCGAGGCGAGCCGAACGAAGAAGACCCGGAGGAGGACGAGGACGAGGAGGGGAAGGUGGAGGCGGAGGAUCAGGAGGAGGACGAUGAGGAGGAGGAGGAAGAGGAGGAGGAGAGCACCGAACCAGGGACGCCGACGCGCUUCUGGUUCGCUGCUGCCACCGCCGCCGUCGACGGCACGGCUGGUCCACAGAAUCCGUGCGGGUCCGCCAUCUUGGAUGCACUGCGGUCGGCCGGAGACGAGGGCCGGGGCCCGGUGCGGCGCCGGCCCGACGACACCGAUCUGUUCCUCGCCGUGCACCACGACGUCUACGACACGCAGGCGGGCCUGGUGCCGGGUAUCGUCUACCGGGUGGAGCUGUGGCAUGCGCCCGGCGGCUCGGAUAUUCGCGACCUGUACGUGGAGACGGUGGUGGGUGCCGCUGGCCGACCACUCGGUGACACGUCCGCUGCCGGUCGCUUCGAGACCAACGGGCCGCCGCCGAGGGCCAGCGACGAAGUAGGGCCGGCGGCGGCGAGGGGACCGUCAGGCGUGGAUGUGGAUCUUACCGGCAUCCACCGAAGCACGUGGAUCGACCACAUGGAGCUGGACUGGCUGCAGCACGCCAUGGCGGCGACCGGCCAUGGCGGGCGGCCCCUGAUCUUCGGCGAACCGGACGACGGAGACGGUGACGGGGAUGAGGGCGAGGACGACGAGUCGGGAGACCUGGAGAACUCGAUCGAGCUAGACGGAGGCUCCGGACAGCGCCGCGGCGGCCGUAGGCGUCGCCGCCGGCGGAUACUCUAUCGCACCCUCACCAGCUACGCGGUGUACGAGGUCAUCUACACGAUGGUGCUUCUGAAAGAGUGCCAGCUGAUGCUGAAGCAGUCAGCGGGACUCCUGUCGUCGAGCCGUGUGCCCCUCGGCUACCGGGAUUGUCAGGUGAUGUUUCCAGCGCCGCCAUCGACUCCGGCGGCGGAGGCGUCAGACGAGCUGCCGGGGCUGGUGGUGCAGCUGACACGCCUGAACACGCCGUGCCGGAGCGGUGGCUAUCUGCGGUUCCUGCCCGGCUCGCCAGCCCGGGACGACGACGACGACCUGCCGACGCCGGGCGCCCUAUCGCUGUGCGGCAAGCUGGAGGAGCUGCCGGUCGACGAGCGCUCGUUUCACUUCCGGGCUCACCGCAACACGACGGUGCGCCUUCACCAGCAGCCCGCGUUCGCGCUGCACUACCGGCUCGUCGACUACUGCUACAACGUGACGCUGCGCGACCGGGACGCCAGCGUGCGGUUGCGACCGGGAGUCGGUACGGUGGCCGGGAGCGGAACCAUCCUUGACUGCCACUUCCGGGUGCACCUCCCGUUCGGCUACCGGAUCGCGCUCCAGCUACUGGCGAACGGCCAGCCCGGGCUGCCCGGACCGAUCGGCAACGGGAGUGCCGUGGUGAGCGAACCGAUUCUGAUCGGCACAGACAAGGGCGGGGGUGAAGCGAGCGCCGCCGAGGUGAUCGCUGGUGGCCUGCUGGUGGAUCUGUACGACGGUGAAGGCCGGUGGCGGCGUUGCUUCAACGCGUCGACUCCGCCCACCCGCUACACGCUGCUCUCCAGGACCAACCAGCUGGUGGUGAAGGUGCGCAUGUACGGCGACGGCAAGGGGUCCGGGUCUACGGCUCCGACCCCGUCGCUACUGCUCGAAUACCGGGCGGCUCCGGUCGAAGCGAUCACGUCGCGCUGUGCGUUCGGCUGGGUCGCGACGGCGCAACUCUGCAUCGCCGCGAUCGAGCGGCGGCUACCGUGGCACGGGGCCGAGCUCGAGUGCAACCGGCUCGGUGGCCACCUCGUGUCGAUCCGCUCCACCGACGACCAGCAGCUCAUCGAUCAGGUGCUGCUCAACAGCCCCGGCUACCGGGACAACGCGGCGUACUGGAUCGGGGCGAGUGACGUGAUCGCGGAAGGUACCUUCCGCUGGAACGACAAGUUCCCGUUCACCUACACCAAUUGGUUCCCGGGGUGGGCGCACCAUGAGCACUACAACCGUCAGCCGAACGACGACGGGCUGAGCGGGCAGGACUGCAUCGAGGUACGGCGCCACUUCCAGGCGCUGGCCGGCGGCAGCAGUCCGAUGGGAGGCGGGGCACGCGGGAGCCCAACGCUGACCGCGUCUUACAUGUGGAACGAUCGGAACUGCGAUGCGUCCAACUACUUCCUGUGCGAACGUCUGCUCGACCAAGAGCCGGCCGAACGGCCGUGGAACGAGGCGGAGUGCAACGGGACCAUCACGCUGAACGUCGAGCGGCCGAAGGCGACCGUGUGGAGCCCCGGGUUCCCGCAGCUCUACCCGGACAGCGUCGACUGCUACACGCUCAUCGUCGCCCCGCCCGGCUACCGGAUCGUGCUGGACUUCGAGGAGAUGGUGCUGGAGCACGAACCACUCUGCUCCUACGACUACCUGCAGCUGGUGGAACCGGACAGCACCGGGGGGCCGUACGUGCCUUCCAAGUCCGCCAAGUACUUCGCCGGCGAUGUGUUGUUUCGGUCCCGCAACUCACGCCACAGCACCAGCCGCUACGGUGACGGCCGGACCGCGACGGGCGGACACCCGAGGCGGACCAAGGCGGGACCGGCGACGCUGGGCGUCGGCGAACUCCACUUCAACCUGCCGAACCUGGUGCUCCAGCCGAACGACUCGCGGUACACGGGCAGUGGGCCACUGCCAGCGCCACAAGACCUGGCACUCGGUGCCGUACCGCGCAAGAUGUGCGGUGACUGGAGCGCGAAGCUGAAGCUGCUGCGCUACGUGACGCGCGGCCCGACCAUCGGUAUCCGCUUCGUGUCCGACUACUCGAACAACUUCGGCGGCUACAAGGCGAAGGUCUCGAUGGAAAACGUGACAUCGGAGUGCCAGGAUGAGCGUAUCAAGGCGUACAACAAUUCGUGCUACCUGGUCAUCUCCUAUCCGGAGGUCGACUGGACGACCGCGCAGCAGAUCUGCCGCGGCAUCGGCGCGAAGCUAGCCUCCAUUUCGACUACGGACGAACAGAGGUUCAUCACCGCGAACAUUCGCAACAGUCCGGACUACACGCCCCGGUCACUGUACUGGGUGGGGGGCGAGAUAUCGGCCAACGGCGACCUGGAGUGGACCGAUGGUGUGAAGCUUCGGUUCGAGGGAUGGCUGCCGGGCCAGCGGCCGGAGAGGGGUGACGGGCUGCCGAAGAGCCCCGCCUGCCUGGGGCUCCAGUGGAAGGUGUCGCCCACGCCCAUGAUCUCGUCCGGGCUGCACUGGACGGCCCAGCGGUGCAGCCUGAUCGGGGGCUACGUCUGCAAGAAGCCACGGCCAACGCUGGAGGAGAAGACGGCCCGCAACCGGACGCAGUCGGGCACGGAGGGUCGCCUGCUGUCCCCCGGCUACCCCAACCCGUACCCGGCUCACACCGACUACUGGGUGCGGCUGGUGGCGCCCGAGCACAGCCGCAUCAUCAUCCAGUUCCAGCGGCUGGACCUCGAGUACCAGGACGACUGUCUGUACGACUACAUCAGCAUCCAGAGCAGCGCACCUUCAUCGCAGGCGUCGGCUUCGCAGACACCGGCAGUGACGAAAUCUCUCGAGCUCGAGCCCUUCUCGGCGGGCCGGUCGCGCCCCAUACGCUACGUGGGCUGGUCUGGGACACCGGAUGACGUCACGGGCAAUACUCUGCCGGGACCGGACGCCGGUGACCCGGGCGUAGGUACCCCAUCGGAGGUGGUACACCCAUCGUUCCUGCCGUACGUGCGGUGGUGUGGCACCCACGAUAGCGGUAUGUCCCGGUUCAACUUCAUCUCGGCCGCGAACGAAGCCCUGAUUCGGUUCCACUCGGACUUCUCCGUCACCGGGGCGGGCUUCUCGGCCACCUGGAGUACGGUGGACGUGUCCGGGUGCCCGCUGCAGACGAUCACCUCGAAGGAGGGCACCAUCCGCAGUCCCAACUAUCCGCACUUUCUGCUCGACACCGUCGACUGCACGUACGUCAUCCAGGCACCGUACGGGCGGCGCGUGUGGCUCGAGUUCCUGUACGCCGAGCUGCUGCAGGACGCGUCGCUGCUGAUCGACAUCGCGAACGGGCCGUUCGAGCCGUUCACCGAGCACACGCCCGAGGCACCGGGGCACCAGCACCUGAACGACGGUGUGUUCGUCAGCAACGGCGAGCGGUUGGUGGUGCGGCUCCGCACUGGCGCCGUUCCCCGGGGCAAAGGCUUCUACGCUACCUUCAAGACACUGGCGGCCGUGAACGAGCAGCGCUUCCUGAGCUUCACGAAUCGGACCAGCGGCACAAUGCACUCGCUCAACUACCCGCAGCCGAUACCGCUCGACGUGGACUACACGCAGCACCUGAUCGCCCCGCUCGGCACGGUCAUACUGCUCGAGCUGUACGGUGUCGGCUUCAGCCAGCACGGAUGCCGCGACACGGGCUUCAUCGAGAUCUACGACAAUUACACCGACAGCAACGGUACGCUGUGGCACCUGUGCGAGCUGCGGGCGAGGAAUCCGGAGCUGCUGGAGCCGGUGGCCAAGGCGGCACCGAUCUACAUCACCUCCUACCUGAACACGAUCCACAUCCGGCAGCACAACGUGAACGGCACCGGCAUCCGGCUGAACGCGACCGUCCGCCUGCAGGAGGACGCCGGCUACAAGAUGAAGCUGAUCGCCAACGAGGACGAGUGGGUCGAGGGCUGCCGGCCGAACCCGUGCCAGCACGGCGGCAAGUGCGUCACGGGCCACCAGCAGCACCAGCGGCGGGGUGUCUGCGAGUGCUUCGGCCACUUCACCGGGCGCUUCUGCGGGCUCAACAUCUGCGAGCUGGAGCCGUGCCUGUUCGGCAAGUGCGAGCUGACCGCGUCCAGCUUCAAGUGCAACUGCCAGCCAGGCUAUCUCGGGCAGCGGUGUGACCAGAAGCAGAAACCGUGCGCCGAGAACCCGUGCGAGAGUCGGGGCGAGUGCUUUGAGAAGAACGGCGGCUACUACUGCCGCUGCCACGCCUGGUGGGAGGGGCCCCGGUGCGAGCGGCGCAUGAUGCACAUCCCGUACAAGCCACUGUCGGAGCGCAUGCUGCAGGAACCGUUCUGGCUCGGCCUCAUCACCGUGUUCGUCGUGCUCGCCGUCAUCGGGCUGGUCUGGUGCGCCAAGCGCCACUUCCCGGAGAAGAUCGAGAAGCUGCUCGCCGACGAGACGCAACGCAAUCGACCCACGUUCCCGCCUCACCACCUGAAUACGGCGCUGCGCGAGCAGCUGCAGGCGUCCGCCGGGACCGUCUGCUCGUCGAACGCGACUACGCCCGCCUCGCACCGGACCAUCUUCGGACGAUUGGGGACGCCCUCGCCAAGGAAGAAGCGCAACAACUCCACGCCGACGAAGAAAAACGUCAACGAGAAGAAGCAGAUCCUGCAGCAGCUCGUCUCACCUGCCCAGAACGCGGCUACCAAGCAAGUCAGCCUCGGCGAACUGAUACAGAUGUCGGAGAACCGGCUGAAGGCCGGUAGCUAUGCCGACCCAGAGCCGGGCCUGACGGAGACGACCUUCUCGGAGAACUCGCUGUCGGUCGCGUCGAUGGUGCGCCAAAUCUCGGACCCGAAGCUGGAGAAGAAGGUCACCUUUGCCCGGCUGCUCAGCAAGGUGUCCGCUGAGAUGAGCUCCGGCUCGGAGGUCCUGGCGAAUGGGACGAAGCAUUCUAGUGCGCUAAGUCUUCCGAACGAGGUACCGCAGCGGGCGAACUCGGUGCCACCGUCACCGUGCACGAACGAGGUGCGUUCGCCGCACAGCACCUCGUCGAACCAGGGCAGCGAUUCGCUGUCCAGCUCGGACCUAGUCCUGCACGACUUCGGGCUGCGCCGGGUGCGCCCCAAGGUCUCGAGCGCCGACUCCAUACUGGCGAUGUUCAAAAACUUUGCCGCGUCCAGCUCGGCGAUCGGGGCGCUGCAGUCGUCGAUCGUUAUCUCGCCGUCGUCCACGCCGCCGACGGCUUCCAGCCCGCAGGACGAUGCGCCGGGCGACGACGAUUCGUCCACCACCUCGUCCAACCAGACGCCCGUCAGCUACUCGAGCGCCACCUCCGACUCGCCCGUGUUCUACCGCCAAAGCACCAUCGAGGUGCCGGUCCUGGAUGCACUCAGUGCGCAUAAGUCGGCCGGCGUGGCGGGGGGCUCGAGCGGGGUACCGGCCGCCGCCGCUGCCGCCGCCGCGCAGCUGCAUCCGCCAUCGAUACUGCUCGAGAUACCGAGCAACGGGAUCAACAACAAGUGUCUGUCGCCGAUCCGCGAAAUGCCCACACCGAUACCGUCGCCCGCACUAACGCCCAUCAUGCCACGCCCGUACCGGAUGCGGACGCCCCAGUCGAUCCACGACGAGUCCAUGUCGGUGACGUUCGACGGCAGCUAUGGCGAUUACCAUCGGCCUCAUCAGAUUUCGAUCGAGAUUCAACAACCCGACGACGCCGCGGACCACGCGUCGGGCUACUCGUCGGCGCUUCAUGCUAGUGACUCCGCCGUUCCGGCCGUGGUGUGCAUCGACGUCCACCCGCCGACGCCCGAUCGACGGACGAACCGCCAUGCGGAGCGUCCACGCGACCUGAUCAUCCCGGACCUCAUCAUUCAGCAGCCGAGCCCGACGAGGGAGCGCACCAACGUGGUCCUCAUUCCCGGAUCGCCUCCACCGCGGCUGCCUGCGCAGGACUCGGCGGCCCCAGCGGGGACCACUAGUCAGCACCAGCAGCAGCGGCGGUUUCUGAAGCAAUGGGAGAAGCCCACGUCACUGGACCUGCCGUUCGAGCCGCCGAUGAUUACGAUCACGUCCAACAGCAGCGAGCUGCUGGUGUCGGACGCCGAGGUACCGUCACCGUCGGCGCUGCAGGGUGGCUGCAGCGGGGGCACGGGCCGCAAACCGGGCACCGGCGGGCUGCUGUCGGCGACGGCCGCCCCGCCGGGCACCACGGUCGGCAUGUGCUACCUGAGCCCGUUCUCCAUGGCCGGCAUUCGGGGCGAUCGGGCGCCCUCCGAGAGUAACCUCAGUUCGUCCGGCUACUCCAGCAUGGCCAGUCCCGGCCCGAGCCGGUGCGGCUCGAACAAUCCCCUCUUCUCGGCCGAGUCCGACGAUCCGGGAUCAGGUCCGUCCGGGUCGAGCUACUCCGGGUUCCAUGCGCUCUUCAGCACCCGCCGGCAGGCGUCGGCCCAGAAGCGAAAGGAGGGUAGCGGGUUGGCCGGGGGCUGCUGCGGACCGAGCGGUAGCUCGGCCGCCCAGCCACAGCAGUUCCGGCUGCGGUCCGACUCCGAGACGCUGUCGGACGAGCCGCUGUUCGAGUCGAACGACGAGGGCAUCGGGACGGACCACCUGGACGAGAAGAUCGAGGAGGGCGAGAUCUGCAGCGCCAAGGAGCUGGAGCUCUACCUCGGCCAGGAGCUCAUCCAGACCGGGCAGGACAUCCUCGGCCAGGAGAACCCGGCCAUGGCCCAGCUGCAGCUACCCUCGAUCGUCAUCCAGUCGGAGCACGGGUGCGAUAAGCUGUCGCCCGUCUCGUCGCGCUCGGAGAGCCCGCUGAGCGAACGCAACUCCACCAUGGAACGGUUCUCGCCCAUGUUCUACGGCAAGAAGGACCAGCAGCUCCCGUUCACCGACUCCGACGGGCUGUACGACUUUCCGUCGUCCGACGGGCGUGGGCCGGGCACCGCGCAGGUGACCACCAGCCACCGGAAGUGCGUCGGGCGUAGAAAGGACCGGCGCGUCGGGCGCACCUCCGCCGGCUGCGCGCUACUGUCGCCGUCCAAGUCGACGUCGCUGCUGCUGGAGGUCCCGCACACCGAGAGCAGGGAGAACGUCACCACGCUCCACUAUGGCGCCCAUGGCGUCACCAAGUUCCCGUCGUGCGCCUCCGUUGCCCCGGCCCGCAAAAGCCCGAAACGGCGCAGCCAGCAGCGCAACCAGAUCAUCGCCAGCAGCUCCUCGUCGACCGAGUCGCUCACGUCCACGCGCGAGUACAUGCUGCGCCCGACCAAGGGUCCGAGUAGCGUCACAGCUUUGGCCAUGGCAUCCAACUAUCCGGGACACAUGGGUGGCUCCGGCGACGAUACGGACGAGGACAUAUCUAGCCAGAUACUGCCAAAGGCUGCCGCAGAAGAAGCGCUCAACAAGCCGGUCCACAAAAUUAGGCACCUGAAGGCGAUCGGAAAUCAAAUACGGUUUCUGCGUCGCCUGGAGCGCUCGAUCCACCGAAGGGAGCACGCCCAGUCACAGCCGUCAGACGAGGUCAAUUGCUGCCACGACGCGAACGAUUCACCCCAGACGUCAACGCCGCUGAUCAAGUUCAAGCAGUCACAAAUUGAAGAAGAGGAGGAACCGGACGAGGAUGAGAGACAGCACUCGAACAGCACCUACUGCGUUAGAACUACUGAUGACCACGGUGGCCAUCUUUCUUUCUCGCGUCAGCUCUGCUUCACGUCGUCGUCGUCGGUCAGCAGCACGAUGGCCCACCAGACGGCAGCCAACUCGAGGCAGCACUGUAAGAUUUCUCGCCAACGGCGCGUUCCGAGCCACGAUUGUCACCCCAUCAAACCGUGGUCCGAAGCCGAACGGAAGCUGCUCGAGAACGACGUGAACAGUGACUAGACUAGCGACUUCGCGGUCUGGGUUCCGGUUGUCAUCGGGUUCACCAGCAGGAGGCACUACCAGAACCGGGGAACCGGGUAACGGACUUAGUAUUGAUUCUAGCUAGGACCGCGUUUAUCCCCAC